GUGUGAACAGCAACCCGAGGAGUGCUGCAGUCACUGUCGUCAAGUCAAAAAAAAAAAAAAACAAAGGCCCUGCACCUCCUAACCCGAGCCGCCGCCAUGGGCAAACAGAACAGCAAGCUGCGGCCAGAGAUGCUGCAGGACCUGAGGGAGAACACGGAGUUCUCUGACCACGAGCUGCAGGAGUGGUACAAGGGUUUCCUAAAGGACUGUCCCAGCGGAACUUUGAAUGUGGAGGAGUUCAAGAAGAUCUACGCCAACUUCUUCCCGUACGGCGACGCGUCCAAGUUCGCCGAGCACGUCUUCAGAACCUUCGACACCAACGGCGACGGCACAAUAGACUUCCGGGAGUUCAUCAUUGCCCUGAGCGUGACGUCGAGGGGCAAGCUGGAGCAGAAGCUCAAAUGGGCCUUCAGCAUGUACGACCUGGACGGCAACGGUUACAUCAGUCGCGAGGAGAUGCUGGAGAUUGUACAGGCCAUUUACAAGAUGGUGUCCUCCGUAAUGAAGAUGCCCGAGGACGAGUCCACGCCCGAGAAGAGGACAGAUAAGAUCUUCAGACAGAUGGACCUCAAUAAUGACGGCAAGUUGUCCCUGGAGGAGUUCAUCAAAGGAGCCAAAAGCGACCCCUCCAUCGUCCGGCUACUCCAGUGUGACCCCAGCUCAGCCUCCCAGUUCUGAACAGCCCCCCUGCCCAAUUGUCCCCCCCCCCAUACAGGAAGCCUGCUUGGCGGCCCCCUCCCCUUCCUUUCCCCUCUCUGUUGCUAUAACAACAGUCACUGGGGAUAAAUGCAUGAUGGUUCUCCCCAAUCUUUUUUUUUUUUUU